UUUGUUUUUUUUGUUACCACGCCUACACAGUGGCUGCCAAGGCUUACCCAUGAGUUAAACCUUCUUUAGUUGGUAAUGAGGAAGGCGUGGGCUCUAGCAGUGGACACCCGAAGGCAGCAGUGGGUGAAAACAAGCAAAAUAAAGAAAAGUUUGGCUGUGAGAAGGUGCUAGACAGCCAGCCAUAGUGACGAGGAGGCAGGAAGGUAAACAAAAGUGGACAAAACCAGGGAACCACCAUCAUCACCACCACAGGGUGACAAAAUCCACCACCAUCACCACCACAGGGAAGGAGGCGGGGAGGCGUCUGCUGGGUGGCGGCUGUCAGGGCGCUGUGAGGCCUUACCUUUGUCACAGUGCCGCGCCAAUACUGCCCCAGCCUUCAAGUAUGAACAAUCAAACAUCAGUACAAGAGACCAUGGCACCUGUAACAUGCAGAUGGACUGAGGGACUAUGGAAUACAUCAUUACUGAAAUAGAUGUCGUAUAAGGGCAAAUUACUUAGGACACAGUGAAGAUAACAAUUGCUGAGAUGGAAGCACAAGAAAACGAUACAGCUUCUGCUUCUCAGGAAUAUGAAAGUGGUGGAUCAGUUUGUGACACUGGAGGAGAAGGAGGCUCAGCUGAGUGCCUCUUACAAGAAAAUUCUGCUGUGUCCACUAUGCUGACUCCCAUCACUCCGGUGACUCCUGUCAUAACCCCUUCGCAGUCACAGCAUACAGCAUCAACGACUGACCUCGAUAAACACACACCCAGCAUUGACAAUCUCAUACAGCAAGAUGGAGAGGGCAGCAGUAGCAGCAUGGAGGCUCUUGGAAGCAGUGUUCGGUCCAGACUUUUGCCAGAUGAUGCCAGUUCCCGGGCAAGCAUGAACAACUUACUGGAGACGAGCAGUACUGCCUCUGAUGGCAUGCAGCGCAACAGUGCCAUGCUAGUGGAAGACACCACCCUCUCAGAUACGGGUGAGGGGCACCAGACAGGACACUUGAAGAAGGGAGGCGACAACCAACCCACUUCUGAGAUAGAUGAAAACUUACAAGAUAAACAAGGAGAACAGCAACAGGAGCAACAGCUGUCUCCCCAACAUCCAGCAGGCAACGAAGGUGGUGCCAGCAACAGUGGUGAUCGCAGCAGUGACAAUGGAGCCAAUGGUGGCCAGGUGGUGUUCAGUGAGGACAUGCCAGAGGGCCUGGAAUCCUAUGUCACCCUCACAGGCACCAUCAAGCGUGGGAAGAAGAAGGGACACAGCAUUGAUGUAAAGGUGAACUUGUCCCGUGAGGAGCUUGAUGAUCUGGAAGCCUCCAUCACACAGACCCUUGGGCCUGACAAGCCCAAGCCACGGUGCUCUCAGCGCUAUGGGCCUCACAUCACCCUCCUCUCCCUUAUCUGCUUCCCAUUUGUCUUCCUUGUGUCCUCAGGUUACUCAUUUUACCUUGGGACCCUCACUUGGUACAGCAUGCUGACAAGGGCAACAGAAGCACGCUGUCUCCCUAAAAUAACAUUGCCACCAUUGCUCAUUCUCACCUAUCCAUUCCUUAUCAUCGUCUUCACCUUUGGACUGGGGAUAUAUGGAGCACUGGCUCAGAUAUCCUUGUCUUAUGACUCUUGGUGGUCUGAGAUCAGUGAUCCUGAGAAAGGCUUCUAUGGGUGGCUGUGCUCUCUGCUACAUGUGGAGGAAUGUGCUCCCUAUGAAACAGUGGUGCUCAUGACAGAACCACUCAGUGCCAAGGUGCAGGACUGUACUGUGUAAGUCAUGACACACACACACACACACACACACACACACACACACACACACACACACACACACACAAACAUUUACAGAUGGAGUGGGUGUCCAAAUAUCAGCAUAUAGCUUGUGAAGAGAAAUAAUCUGUUUGCAAAUAUCUGAAAAUUUUUUUUUCUAAUUUUUAAAAACUAUAUGAAAUGAUAUAGAAUGAAAACUGGUUGUAAAUUUGAUGAUAUAGUUAAUCAUCAAUUAGCAUUUAGGUAUGUGUGCACAAAUUUUAAAGGAAAUGUAUUGAGUUGUGUGCACCUGUGUAUGUGCUAGAGAGAUGUGGUGUGCUUGAAUGUGUGCUGUUCUUACCCACAUCUGUACCGUGGCUGUGGCAAGGGAAGCAGGUCGUGGUCUGUUCAGUCAUGGCUGGUAGGGACUCAGGCAACACUACUGUACACACUGCUCAAAUGGCGAGACAAAAUACCUCAACAUUCUUUUGUUUAUUCACAUUGGCAGACUUUUUUUUUUUUUUUUUAAGUGAACAAGGUGCUUGACAUAUUUUUUCUUCAUUUAGUGAACAAGGUUUUGAUUUAAUGUGAUAUACAUUUCAAGAAAGGUAUCUGUAAAGAGAUCGAUAGGUAGAGGUAGAUAGAUAGGUAGAUACAGUCAUUGUCAGAAGUCAAGCUGCAUGUUGUUCUUACUUCCGCAUUGCUUACCUUAAUGUUUUCCCUCAGUCUUAAUUUCACUUAUUUGCUGACAGUCUCCUUACAGUACCCAGAACUAAAGAAUUAUCAGAUCAGAGAACUUAAGUGUGUAGAAAAAUACUAAACACACAUUGGAAGCAAGUGUGAUGUAUUACUUGACUACUGACUAUCCCUGUACUAUGAAAACUCAUUAGAUUUUAUGCAAGAUACAUUUCAGGAAAAGUCACUGGAUUUACAUUCCACCAAGUUAAAUUUUUGCUUUAUAAGGAAAAACUGUUUGGGUCCAAAAUGAGAAAUGCAAAACAAUAAGCAAGAUUUUUAAUGAAUAAUGAAUGUAAGACUUUGGCUCAUUCAUAAACGUUUUGAGCUCUUAUUUCAGCUACUUUUAAAAGGUCUAGGAGGAGGUGCUGUGAGUUUCAAGGAUGUUUUCGUGAUUGUAAUGAUAGUUUAACAAGAAUUCUACAUCAUCAAUGAGAAGAGCAUCCAUGAGAACCAGACCAAUCUUUGUAGCCUAUAGAAAAUAGUCCUAAUAAGAGAACAAAGCAUUUAAGAAUACAGGCCUCCAUUUCGUUACGUAUACAGCAAACUCUCCUUCCCACCAUUAAAUUGUGAGGUAUGUGGUAGUAAUAAUAUGUGGUGCUGCACUUGACUAGGAGCUGCUUUAGGUUGAGGACCCUUCCUGUACUCCAAUGAUAUUUGAUGAUUUUUUUAAAGGGAGCCACUUUAGUAAUUCACAUAAACUGAGAGAGCCACACAUACCAUACAUUAAUGUAACUCUGUAUCAUUAUUAUUACUAUCAUUAUCAUUAUUGUUAUCAUUACCAGUACUGUUAUAAGUUUUAAGAGCAACAAACUGAAUAGAUGUGAGUUGCUCAAUGAAUGUGACUGCUAGAUUUAUUCAACACUACCCAGACAAACCUCAGUCCAUCGUCUCCCACAAUGACAAACUAACCUAACAUUACAUAAACAUUAUUUUUGUAUUAAUAUGACCAUUGAGUUCUAUCCAGAGAAACCUGAGUCCAUCUUCUCUUCCAGUAAAAAAUUAACCUAACAUAAUCUCAACAUUAUUUUUGUAGUAAUACAUAUUGAUAAACCAGCACAAUUUAUGUUUUAGGAGGCAAAAUUAUGUCAGUGGCAUUGGCAACAGUGGUGUUCUAAUAGAGCAAUGCUUGCUGUUCUGUUCUCAUAUGCAUGACUUAUGUGCUGCUGUUUGGUCUUUCACUUUAUUAACAAGUUAGCUUUUCCAUUCCUUGAUUCAUAGGCAUUCAUAAAGUGGCAUUGAUUGAAUAUACUAAAAGGGUUGAGUUAUUGUAUUGUAUCCAUAUUUUUAUACACCUGGCUGGCAUUCCAUAUGAGAGGUUGUCAAAACUAGGCAAGACAACACACACACACACACACACACACACACACACACACACACACACACACACACACACACACACACACACUUGCAGUGACAACAAGAAACAUUCCCUGAUAUCUUAUUCUUAAGGCCUAAAUAAUAACAUCAUAUCAUACAACAGGGAAUGAAAAAGAAAAAAAUUGUCAGGCACAUCACUACAGAAAUCUUUGGCACUCUAAUAGCCUAUACACCCUUAAGAGCCUUUGCAUGCUAUUAAAGAACAGGUCAUUAUAAAAUACACAUUUUCUUUUUGUGAAAUACUAUGUCUUUCCCAGGAAUUAGCUUGACAAUUUUCCACCAAGGUCAUUUAUAGUCAAGGUCAGAAGUCAAGUAACCUUAGGCACUCACUUCCACUGUGUUUUGGAUUUUUCUUCAACCCUGUCUUUUGAUUUGACAAUGUCCUUGCAAAAAAAAUAUUAUAUUUAAUAGAUUCAUAGCCAAUCAGAGGAAUAAUGAUUGAAGGAAAACUAAACACAGAGAAAGGCAAGGCAGCCCAUAAUGACUUCUGACUUUAACUGAACCAUCCGUGCAUACACCUGGGACCAAGCUAUACUCUGACAGAGGCUGUGGCUCCCUGAGAUACUAUGCUGCAUUGUACUGGUUGAUGAGGCAUGACAAUAUCUUUACUUAUUUGGAAACUGGUGGUCAAACUUUGUGCAUUUGAGAUGUAGAUUAAGGAAGUUCUGAUAUGGGACAAUUUCAUGUGGUUUGUCAUCUGUGAUUUUUUGUGUAGGUAGCAGAGCAGUAUUGUAGUCUUCCUAUUACAAGUGCACAAUGAGGUGAUGAUAUCACAUGAGCUAAAACAAUGAUGAUGAACCUAUCUUAACUCUCUCACUGCUAUUUUACAUCAUUCCUUAAUCACAGACCACUCUGAAACAUUUAAUAUUAUUCUGCAGCCACUGCUUAACAUUGUAUUAGCUACAAGUGAAUGUGCUGGCAACAAAUUGGAAAACCUAUUCUUUCGGUCCUACUUAGUAGUACAAUUGUGAUCAGUGGUCAAAUAACCUCUGUAGACACUUCUACUGUGUUUUAUAUUUUCUUUCAUUCAUAAACCCUCUGAUCUACUGGCAGUCUAGUAAUAAAACAUGACAGUUAAUAGAUUUGUUACAUAUCAAAGAAAUUCUAUACACAGUGGAAGUGAGUGUCAAAUGUUACUUGACUUUUGUCUGUGACUGUACCACUCAUGAAUCAUCAUAUCCAUGCUACAUUGUUUCCAGUACCUUGAGUAUUUGUUUCUGUAUGAUAUAAUUUGCCAUGAUAUUGGAUCUUGUUGUGAUGUAAUGAUGUAGUGGCUGGGCUCUGGGACAUCAUGGUAGUAACUAAUGCUCAUGAAGGAAGAAGACAGUCUGACACAUGCCACUCUACAACAUUUUUCUCAAGUCUCAGCACAAAAACUGGAAAUAUAUGCAUAGUUGUAGAUAUGCAUGACAGAAGGUUGUUAGGAGGUAAUGAUUAGCCCAUGGAGUCUGCCAUAAGAGAUAUCUGAAGAGAAUGUUUGUUGCAGAAUUUUAAAGGGUGUAUUUCUGCCUUAUGUUUCCUUUGUGCUUUCAUAACUGGUGUGUCUGCCAAGUGAAGGGCAUUGUCAGUCAACUGUUUAAUGUGCAUGACGUGUCCAAUUCAACUUGCACAAAAUGGAAGAUAUACUUUAUACUGUCCUAAAUUGUGGUUCUUUCCUCAGAUUAGUAAUCUCAGUUAGAUAUAUUUUAAAAUCAUAUGAAUGUGGACUUUUGGAAUCUUCUUUUCUGAGUGCCUGUUUUUUUGUCACUGGUGCCAACCUUUGUUCUCACUUGCUCAAAUUUUUCUUUUCUAAUCUAUAUGAUAUGUGUGAUUACUUAUUACCAGUGUAUUAUUUGCAUAAAUCUUACUAUAUUAUGUUAUAUUAUUGUUGUUAUGUUAUUGUUUUUUGUUAUUUGUUUUAUAUUUAAGAUAUAAGUUACCAUAUACUAUAUUGUAGAGUAUGUUCCAAAUUUAGAGUAUAAUUAAGAAUUUUAUUUACACUUCAAAGCUUUAUUUAUGUGUUUUGUAGCUUGACGAUAUGUGGGAUGAUGAUGUGUAUAAUCAUCUCAUCUAUAUUUCCAGUCCAGCUCAUCUGUAUUCUCAAUCCAGCAUUACUUGAUAUUUGAACAACAGUGCAUAGACAACAUUGUGGGUUGAUAUCAGUAAGUAGGCUGCAGUAGAACAGUGAAAUACUCAUAUUACUCACACUUCUAUCUUGAAUUAGAUUAAAUGAGAAAAUUGGGAGUAGAGAUGACUAUGUAUAAGUAAAGCAGGCUUUAAUUCAUAGUCUUCCCUCAACUAGGGUGUUUAUAUAAACUUGCAAAAUUUUGAAAACUCCUCCUCAGCCACAUUCAUCUCCCUUAUUAUUGCUAUUCUUUUGUCACUAGUGUGUGAUAGGUUACAUUGCUUGUAGUGUUUUGUAACUCAUUUUCCUUUUGUUCAUAAGAUUCAUUAUAAUAUUAGCUGCUGUCAUGCCUCUCACCAACUUGUCCUUAUCAUUCAUGGGGUUCAUAUUUCUUUUGAAGUAUCAGACACUCUCUCUCUCUCUCUCUCUCUCUCUCUCUCUCUCUCUCUCUCUCUCUCUCUCUCUCUCUCUCUCUCUCUCUCUCUCUCUCUCUCUCUCUCUCUCUCUCUCUCUCUCUCUCUCUCUCUCUCUCUCUCUCUCUCUCUCAAGCAAGCAUUUUCCCUGAAUUCUUUUCUUUGUUCAUGGCCAGUCUUCUUGGUGAAAAUUAAAAUAAAGAACAGUAAAUAUUGUAUGUCAGAUGAGGUCAGAUGCAUUUUAUUCAUCAGAGUCAUUGAACACAUCAGAAUCUGGUAUGUUUUCCCAACAUGUAUAAGACUUCACAUGCAUUGAUACAUGAAGUUGAUAUCACAGAGGUUUGUGCAUUGUCUUCCAGCUAUAUAACAGCAUUGUAGAUCCACAGGAAUUAGAAUUUUGAAAUUAGCUAUUCUGUAGCUAUUUGUAGGAUCACAUGAUUGACUAAUCAUAAAGUCAGUAGAAUGGCCUCUUCUUCAGAUUUCUGAAGACUUAGUAUAUUGGUAGUAGAUAAUAUUGAUUACAUACUACAUAUAAAGGAAAAUAUGUGUUACAUUGACAUAUAAGAAAGAAGUGUUAUCAAUACAUGAAAAAUUCCCAAUGUUAUGUCACAAAAAAGGAAAAGAGAGAUUUUUAUACAUUAUUAUUUGUCAAGGCCAUGAACUGUGAUAGCCCACAGAGGUUAUAAUUUUUGGCCAUGAAGUCAUUGGGUCUGUUGUACCACAUUAUAGUUAAGUCCUGUGGACUGAUGAGAACAUUUGUGUAUAUAGACACAGGUCUACCUUUUGGUGUGUUGAUGUGUACAUAUGCACACAGAUGACAAUUAAUUACACCCCAUGGGACCAGGUGCUACACUGGGGUGCUGAAAUUGUAACAUUACACCAUGCAUAACUUACUCCUUUGCAAAGCUUCUUAGGAAACAUUUUAGUACCAUAGCUUCCAAGGGUAAAUAUUUCAAAACAAGAUUUCAGCUUUAGAGAAUAGCAGGAAGGUUGUAGCUCCUAAAGUCCUGUUGGAAGAGAACCAAAAAACUUGGUAUAGUUUGCCCCAUCUGGUUGUGGUGUAUGAGUCGGUAUUAUGGAGUAUUCUAAAUAAACCAAGGCUGGAUACGAGUUAUACUGUGUUGAACAAACCAAUCUUGUAAAGUGCAGAUAGGAUGUUCCUGCAGAAAAAUUCCUGUCAGGUAAUGGUUAGCAAAUUAAUGGAAAAAUCUUUAGAAAUCAUCAUCAUCAUCAUCAUCAUCAUCAUUAUCAUCAUCAUCAUUAUUAUUACCAUCAUACCAUCAUUAUCAUCAUCACAGUAAUCAUCAUUAUUAUCAUGUAUGUGUAUUUCAAAAUCUUCACCAUUUCUGUUUGAAAUGUUCUGAUUUUCUUUCUCUCCCUCACAAUGAUUGUGGUCUUGUAACUCAUAUUCCAUUUGAAAUUCUCCCUUAGUUUCCAGCAUAGCAGUUUUUAUCCUAGUGGAGAAUGAGUUUUGUUAAUUUUUACUCCUAGUUGGAUUUAUUGGUAAUGGAAAAUAUUGUCAUUAUGCUUGUGUUGAAUGAACCAUGAUCUCAGUGUCUUUGCAAGGCAUUGCACAUUCCAAGUAUGAUAAGAUAAGGUGGUCAUACAGUUAUCCAGAAGUUAAUGUUGAAUUUAGGUUUCAGAAGCACAAGUGCUUGCAUUAUUUUUAUUUCUCUGUGUACACCAUGGAGGAAUGUUUGCAUAGAUAAGGGAUAGGCAGCCAGCCCAUUUCAUUAAACCUGUAUGACUCUGUGUACUCUGUAUAGCCUAUGUAAGAUGAUAACAGACAAACAUGAUGACUUGUAGUGGCAGACUUUAUGUGGACAUGUGGCCGGACAAGGAUUAGAUUUGUUUACUGACUGACAUGGUUGUUCAAUUAUUUGUUUUUAUAUAUUUACUAAGUAUUAUUACACUAAACAAAGAUGUGCACAUUCAGGUAAUGAAAGAUCAUUAUAUUGACUGCUGUUGACCAGCAAGGGAAUGUAACCAUCAUGCAUUAAUCACAGCAGAAUAAAAAAGUAUUUUAUCUGAUUCUAAGUAAUAUUAAGAUAUUACAUUGGCUAGUCAUUUGAAUUGGGAGUAUAUUUAUCAUGUCAUGGUCUAUUUAUUUCAUCUUCAUUUUCAUAAUUUCAUGUGGCAUUUGUAUUUUCCCUUACUGAGUUGGACCAGUCAUGAAUCUCUCCCAUAUUUUGCUUUCAUAGACAAUAUUUUUUAUGUUCAUCCUUCAUAUUUCUUCCUUCACGCACUGUUUUCAUCUCCUUCAAUCUUCACACUGGUUUCUUUCUAAUUCCCUCCAUCUUUGAUGCUCCUCAGAGUAUAUGACCCUCCUUUCCCUCACAAUGUACACAUACUAUUUCACGUUUGUCCUUUGACACUUUCCCAUUAUUUUCUUUUUAUCAUGUGUUUAUUUUGCAGUCCUUGGCCAAUAUAAUAUUUUUCAGUUAAAGAAAGAAAACAGAAAAGUCAACUUCUCCCACUCCACUCCCCCAUGCCAGAGCAUUGAAAAGGUAGUCACUCAUGUUUUGAUGAUUAAAGCUAAUUUCAGAAUGCAGUUGAAGGUGGUUUUGGAAUUAACUCACAUCACCCAUCCAGUAGCUGUGACUUGCAAUCCCAGAUGAAUGGUCUUCUGUAGUAUUCCAGUGUUUCAUGAUGCUUGUGUAUUGUCUGUUGAAUUUGUUACCAUACAUGACAACAAAAAUGUUAGGCUUUGCUUAAAUUUUACUUUGUGUUAAUCUUAAUUUUGUACCAGUAUUAGUAUCAUUUAAGUAUUAUUUGAUUGCUAGGAGGUAUUAUGAUUGUGUUAUUCUACUAUACCAGAAUAGUUGUGUAACUAAAAAUGAGAGCAUAAGAAAACAAAAAGACUGCAAAAUGCUAGUUUAUUACACAAGGUAGCUCCUGAAAAGAGCAGGACACCUCAUCUGUACAGAUAUGGUUCAUCAGUCUUAAGGUGCUGUCACACUAGCAUGUUUCCCUUCAACUUUUUCCAUCAACUUUUGCCUCUUUCCAUCAUCUUUUUCUGUCUGCAUCGUCAAACAAAAGUGAUUGUCUUCACGGAGGAGGGUUAUCAUCAACUUUUGUCAUCAAAUGAAAAUCUAUAUUUAUAUAAAGAUAUGCUAAGUAAACCUUAUUGUUUAAAAAAAAAAUAAUUUAAAAAUUUUAAAUAAAGAAAAUACAAAACCGCUUCAUUUCACAUGUUACAUUUAACUUGUGUAUAUAUAACAGCAAACAGUGGCUCACAUAGCUUCAUAGACAUUUACACUUUUGGAAGGUCUCUGUUUCUCUACUCCUGCACACUGGAUACCAUUUUAACUCGUUUAGCUCAUCUACAGCUUACAAAACUUGUAAUAAGGUGUAAAACAGCGACUGCUUACCUGUGCAUCAGUGGAGCUGCGCUCAUGGAGAAUUGGGGUCCUAGGCUGGCUGGGCCAGCAGCUUGCCAGUAUGAGUUGCCAGUUAUGCAUUUCUUUUGCAAUGUUACUAUAUUAGGCAAGCAAAGAUAUUGCCACACUGGCCAGAAGAGGCUUGCAGGCAGCAGCUAAUGUAGCUAUACAGAGAGAGAGAGAGCCCAGAGUCAUGUUUGUUUGCUGUCAGCAAAAGUGAAGUUGAAUGGCUGUGCAUGUGUAACGAGGCGUGCUCAAGAACUUAUUGGUUUUCAGAAGUUGACCAAAAAAGUUGAUGAAAAUGUUUAGUGUGACAGCACCUUUAGUAGUUCAUGAACACAUCACCCAAAUGCAGAGUGCAAAAGUUGGAGAACUUUGCAAAAUCCUCUAGGUGUUGCUACUAGUAACUGUUAUAGAUACAUACAGUGGAACCUUGGUUACUGAACGCCCCCCUUUUUGAACAAAUCAGUUUUUGAACAAAAUUUUGAACUCCUUAUUGCUUCAGUUGUGGUACCAUAAUUCGGUUCUAGAACAAAGUUACUUGAUUUCAAAUAUUAAAAGACAUAGCAAAAGCUACCGUUUAUUACUAACUUAUAGUUUCUAUAAAUAUUUACUUUUUUAUAUAUUUGGAGGAGAGGCACAGGUGUAAGAUAGCAAUUCAGUCUUUGAAAUAAGGUAAAUGUGAUCCUGUUGAAAAGCCUCGAUGUAAACAAACAGUUUUUGGCUCUCAAUGAUCCCCAAUGCCAUCACUAUUACAUAACUGUAUUUUUCCAGUAGUUUUUCCCAGCAGCAAGACGUCUAAGUGUUACGAUCACCUUCAUUUUGGUAGUAAGUGGGUUGCUCCUCUUUGUGUCCUUCUGAAAGGCUUGCCUCACUAAAUUAGUCUAAAUAGUACCUUCUGAUGAGCUGUGUGUCACUAAGUUCAUUCAAUACAUCCUUUCUGGAUAAAUAAUUUGUGAGCUGGAGAUGUUUCGAAGCAGCCAUCUUGGUUGUAGGAGCGUCUGUCAUAAGCCGCUAAGACAGGGUAGUCUUGGGUCUGGAAAUGGAUUGAUCAGUUUGACUUUGAUUCGUGUGGAGAAAGUAGUUUUGGUUUCUGAAGAUUUUGGAUUUCAAGCAGCAUUCAGGAACGAAUUAAGUUUGAAAACUGAUUUCUGAUGUAUCUGAUCCUAAUUGAGGCUCACUUGCUCACUUAACUCUCAUGGCAUUUUUUUUUUUCUUUUUUUUUUCUCUCUCUCCUGUGCAUUAUUACAAGUUCAGUGUAAUGAGUCCAUGAUAUGGUGGAGUACAUAGAGAGAGAGAGAGAGAACACUUGCCUGAAACAUGCUUCCCAUCUGAUAUUAUUCAUUUUCCUAUAAUUCUGCCAUGUGUGCAUUGGCUUCAUCAUUUACUUGUAAUUAUCUACAAUAUCUUGUGUGGCAUCUGCAUUUCCAACAUAUCAUUUCAUUAUAUUUGGAGAAAUUAUUGGAGGAAUUUUUUAUAACUUUAAUCAAGGAUAAGGGCAGAAUGUUAUUGUGGCAGAAGGAGAGUUUUCCAAAGUUUGUUUGUGAACAAGUUCGUAAUGGCUGCUUGCCCUUUGGGUAGUUGUAGGAAGAAAUAUCUAAAUCAUGGCAAAUAUGUCAGUGACUUGUGUAAAACCCAAAGCCCUCACACUGUGUUGGAAUGUUUUAAUGAAGUAUUUGAAAUGUCAUCUGGCAACUGCCAGGAAAGUGAUGCAGAGGUGCAAGAAAACCUCUGAAGAAAAGAUUUGUAAUACCUUGCUGCCAAUUUAAACACUGCCCAAAAACCUUGUCUUGUAACUAGUAUGUUAUUUGCGAGAACCAAGAGGCUACUUCCUUUUUACUGCCUGCUUAUAUCAAUAUAAAGUUUAUACUGCUGCUACUGCUGGUAUUGGUGCUGGUACAUGUACCUCAUAGUCCUUUGAGAGGGUGCAGUGAUAAUCCACAACUUUAGCAAAGUUUACCCCAAUAAGAAAAGAGUCUGAGGGGUUCAGUAGACUUGGAAGACUCACAUGUGCUGCUCUCAUUCUUACUCCUUCACACCACCAUCCCAGUAUACUAAUUAGCUAUUGUAGUUAUUCUCACAAUUGCUAUUAAUACUAGGCACCAGUAUGCAGUAAUGGUACAUGAAGUGUGUUAGAGGAAGAUACAAGAAACUGUGCUGCUCACAGAAAACAUAGUUUCUGAAUAAGGCAGACACUCCAAGAACAUAUCGGCAUACUAGAUGUGUGGAGUUUCUGAAUAAGACGGACAUUCCAAGAACGUAUCAGUACACUGGAUGUGUGGUGCCUGUAGGCGAAUAGUUUUUGCUUGUAACUUUUGAUAGCCAAAAUUUUAGAAGUUCUGUAAUUUUCUUUAUAUAGGUUAUCAACCAUCCUGUGUUAAAAGGUGUUGCUUUUAACUCCACUUUCAGCCUGAUUGCUUUGAAAACAUAGACAAAUGGAGAGACAGACAGACCCAGCAGACAUAAUUUAGUAUUGAUGUGACUGCUGUAGGAGAGAAAGUGUAUAAUGUCUUCUUGGUGGAAGUUCUUAUAUGGUAGGUCAGUAUGUAUUGCUGAUUUUUAUUUAUUUAUUUUUUUAAUUUUUCAUGUUGUGCAGCAUAACUUCUCAUAACAUUGCAUCUAAAUUAUAUGAAGCAGCAGUGUUGGUCAAAUACCACAUGUAAACAUGCAAACAUGAGAUACAUGUUCAGUUUGACUUCCCCUAACAAGAAAUGGAGCAGUUCAUCUACUUUACUGGAGAACUUCAAAGUAGGACUUUUUUAAUCAAUAGACAGAAUUUAUUUGUAUGAAUUUCAAAACUGGACUUGGAAAUUUUUUGGAAUACUACUGUUGGUGACUUUUUACUUGUUAUUAGGUAAUUUGUCCAAUUUAAAUUGUUUCAGUAGUCUUCACAGCUUUUGGUUUGCCCUUGUUGAAUUUUUGCAGUGUUUGGAGUUAAUCUUAAACUUACUGAAUUCUUAAUUUCCAGAUUUGAGGUUGAAGCCGUUCACUAGGUACAGACAGCUGACAAAAUUAACAUGCAUCACAUUUGACUUUGUAUUAUUAAUACAGCAGGUGACUGAACAGGAUUGUAUUGCUAUUGUCUGACAUGCCACUGAUCAGUCAAAAUGAAUCUAACUUUGAUAUUUAGAUUGGUGUGGGAAAUGUUUAGGCAUCCUACUGGUCACUGGGAAUUCUCCACAGUGAUUGUUGUGCAUGUCAUCCCAAGGCUAGGGGUUAAAAGCACUCGUUGACUACUGUAUAAUGCUCUUCCUAUUGAUGUCCACUUCUUGAUCUACUUGUGUGUGUACAAAGUCUGUUAAAAAGUAUCUGACCUUAGGCUGGGGAAAAGAAUUUUCUUGUAAUUCAGGUUCCAACUCAAAUUUCCCUUGAAGUAAGACCCUUUGUGGCUCCAUACAUUUAAUUGGUCCAGUUGUCCAUCCACUGCUGGAAACAUUUCAGGAAAUUCUGUUAUAGAAUGAAUAUCAGCAGUUCUGUCAUAUUUAUAAUAUCUUUACCUCAAAUCAGGACCAAUUUAACAAUGUCUACAGAUUGCUGAACACUAAAAAAUCACAAGGAGUAGAGUAGGAACCCUGUUCAGUCAUAGGAAUUCUGAGCUUGGCUAAGAAAUUCUGGAUCAAGAGUGAAGAAUGGGUCUGGGAGUUGUAAUGGUCCAGUAGCCAUUUAUGUCAAUGUUAGGUACAGAUUUAUCUCGUACAUCUAACUUGCAUAGAGGUAACAAAGAACCACUCAGUAAUAGCAUUUGUUAACAAAAUUACCUCUCUUUGCAUACCUAAGUCAUCCAUUAAAAUGGCAUGUGCUGAAGUAUCACAAAUUCCAAUUUCAUUAACAAUUUCCAAGAGAGUUCCAUGAGUGUUCCAUGAUGAAAUUGCAUGCCUGUUCAAUGACCUGCAUUUCAACUUGCUGAUGGCCACUGGGAUGCUGGUUACUCAGCCAAAGCUCAGCUAUCCUUAGAUCAUCUAAACCAUUAGUAUGCAUCUCACUCAUGCUGAAUCUUUUAAUUUGUAUCAGGUUGUGUAUCAUCAGGUUUUUGGGAAAACUUGAUGCCAUAACUUACUCUUUGUAUGACAUCAUUGCAUGGAGGAUGAAAGUGUGAAAAAGUACACUGGCUGUCUGGCAAACUUGGCCAAGCUGCAAGUACAGUAUAGUCUACCACCACACUUGUUACUUUUGGCUUUCAGCAAGAAAAUAGUAUAGGUAAUAGUCAGAUACUUUUUGGACAGACCUGGUACUUCAGUGUUACUCAGUAAUGGAUGUGUUGCAUACUGACCAAAGUAACAUGAUUGUAUUAUGUACUUUUAUUUUAAAAUAUAUAAGUAACUGAAUAGAUGAAAUAAUGUAGAGUAUAGACAUUCCAUAACGAUAAGUGUUGUAUCAGUAUGUAAAUCUAGGAUCCUUAAAAAUCCUGAAGGUGUAGCUUUAGUUGUGUAAGAACACAUUAUAUCCUUUUAUAUCUCAUCUUUUUGUACCACUUUCUAAGAUAAAGGAAUAUGAAUCAA